AUGCCCGCUGCCUUUUACGUUUCCGACCUGCCGGCGGAGCAUGAGAAGGGCCAGCGUGGUCUCUGGCUCACGACCGCCAAUGCGUUCCUGAGCCAAGAUGCCCUCGAGGAGCCCGGCUUUCUCGAUCGCAACUUUGCCCUCCUCCUCAUGGACGACGAGAAGAAGAUUGCCGCCGAGCUUCAGGCGGACAGAGAUCCGGCCACCGUGUCGAUGGCCGAGUUUGUGCGCCUCGCCAAACCGACCAUGUCGUAUGUCCAACCACUUCAUCCGCGCUUGAAGCAUGCGCGAGCUAGGCUGAUGAUGCUAACAUGGCUCUCUCCCAGCUUCUAUCAGGUCGGCCAGAGCAGCAUACUCACGCUUGGACAGGUUCGCAAGUACGCCCAGCACUUCAUCUUCUGGCGCCGGGCCAUCGCCAUCCCUCCCCUGCACGCCCGCGACAUCUACGUCGUCUCCCCCAAUUGUGACCUCACACGCCUCGCCGACGCCUCGCAAGAGUGGCAGCUCGCGUUCCCCGUCGCCCCGCCGCUGGCCAACUUUCUCGCCGAGCUCUCCAUGUCUCCCAAGACGUACAAGUCCUUUUGCCCCAGCAAGGCCCAUCGACCGCUCUACCUGCGCAUGCUGGCCUGGCUCGUGAGGGGCGGGUGGGUCACCCAACUCUGCACCUUUGCUUACGUCGUUGUCUGGCCCGAGAUUUUGUACGAGGUGGACUAUGAGAUGGAGGCAGAGGAGCUUUCCGCCGCGGCGCGAGACUCUCGUGUCGAGGACGUUGGGACACAUCUUGCAGCCUCCCCCACCGACGAUCCUGCGACGUUCCCGACCGCCGCUGUCGAGCCCUCACUCGAUGUCGCCACUGCCAGCGGCACGGACAGCCUGGCGUCAUCGCGGCCUACCGCCGAGCACGCUGCCGAAAUGGCCCGCCUCGAACGCAUAGCCAUCAAGGCGACCCGGGAAGCCGCCGACAAAGCCACGGCUCACGCCCGCAAGACUGCCCCUGUUGCCACGGACCACCCAUCCAUGAACGAUGCGCCGCACCUAGCAGGCAUCACGCCGCACAUCAUCCAGGAUGCGAAGAAGGCCACGGGCAAGGAGUCGCGCUACCUGUCCGCCAUUGCACAUCGCCUGCGCGACGACAAGACGCGGUCUGCGUGGCCUCUCAUGUGCAAGUUUUUUGACGGCCGCUGCGCCCUAGAGAGGAUCGCCUUGCUGGAGGAUAUGAAGCGCAAGGAGACAUGGAACCUCCUCUCCGCCAUGGGUGAGCACCUGCUCUGCACUAGGCACUGGUGA